UCCUCGGCUCGUGAUAAGCUCUAUCACUCAGAACAUGUCGCCUUCUAUUAUUGUUGCAUUUUCUCCUCUGGCCGUUUCCGACUCUCUUUCUUUCUCUCUCUUUAUUUAAUGUACCACGACCAGACGAAACAUCAUUCAAGACUUUCUUUCAUAUAUGCACAUCUUGACUCGAGUUUCGGCUUUGAUUUUUUUUACUUUCAUGUUCUAUUUGUGGGUGUGUAUGAAUGAGAGUGUCGAGGAAGCAGCUGGAAAAUGAAGAAAGAAGAAUCGAAUCCUCCUCCUCUGCCCGACGGGAAACGAACCGUUUUGGACCGAGUGAACAGCGAUCCCGUCGCCUGUGACCUGACCAUCAGUCUGUUCGUGGCUGCCGUCCAUAGUUAUCGUCAUGAUUCUGUCCUGAGACCUUUUCCUCCGGCAUUUAUCAAAGAAGGUUUCGAAAAAGACAAGAAGGCCCUGGAACAAGCUGUAAAAGAUAUUCCUUCCAUGGCACAGCUGGAACCAUCUUUUGACAGUCUACCAGAAUCAACAGUAAAUUUACUUAUGUGGCACUUCAACAAUAAAUAUUUCACUCUUAAAACAAGAGACAAAAAUGAUUAUUACGACAUUCUGAGCCUGACCGAAAGCCGAGAACCUACUUCAGUGGAACCGAGUCACGUGUUUGAGGUGCUUCCAAGUCAGCUCAGCCAAUCGAAGUUUGAGCAACUCCAACAAGGGAGACAAAUACUGUAUGCCUAUCAUGGCAGCCGAGUGGAGAACUUCUACUCUAUCCUCCACACAGGAUUAGCUUCUCAUAUGAAUAAGAAUGGUAUAUUUGGAGAAGGUACUUACUUAUCAAGUGAGCUAUCUGUCUCUCUACACUACAGUCCUGCUGGUUUAGGCUGGUCAAAAAGCUGGCUGGGCAAUCGAUUGAGUUGUGUUGCUGUAUGUGAAAUUAUUGAUGACCCUUCUGUUAAAUGUCAACCUAAAGGAGACACUGAGUUGAAACGGUCACGUGCUCUGUUGCCUAAUAGUAUUGCUGGUGAAGUACCAGAAAAAUACUAUGUAAUCAGAAAUAAUGAUGUAAUAAGAGUCAAAUAUUUGCUCGUCUAUGCUGAUAAAUCACCUAAUAACAAAUUACAGAAUCGUAUGUCAUGGUUCAGUCAACAUAAAUUUGCAUUACUUAUGGCAUUUUAUUUCCUACUCUUAGUAAUUAUUGGAUUGGCCAAUUCUAAACAAUUUAAACAAAAUGUAAAACGGUUGUUUAAAUCUUGAUUUUUUUUUUUUUUUGUUAAUUUAGACUGAUGUAAUUAACAAAUGCAAAAACCAAAAAAAAAAAGCAAAAAACAAAACAAAAUGAAAGAAAAUGAGAAUCUGCAAUUCCAGUGCUCUUGAUUUAUAUAUUAUCUGCUUGUUGCUAAACAACGUUGAGUUUAUACACCUUCCCAGACAAUGCUUUAUCAGAUGUUCUUACAAGAGAGAUAAGACAAACAUUUAGUCUUCUAUUAUGUGUAAGCAGACAACAUAUUUGGUUUUGCUGAGAUUAUUCGGGGGGCGAGGAAACACAUGUGAUCAGAAACCAAACUAUCAUAAUUUCAAAAUCUCCUGGGACUCAGUUUCCAAUCGGACCCAGAGAUUUUCAAAUUGUAAAUCUGGUUUCAAACUCCCAACUGAUUUUAGCAGCAACACCAAUAAUGAAUGUUUCCAUAUACAUUUUCGUUGUAUCUCUCUUUCACCUGUUUCAGUCAUUUGACUGCGGCCAUGCUGGAGCACCACCUUUAAUCGAGCAACUCGACCCCGGGACUUAUUCUUUGUAAGCCCAGUACUUAUUCUAUCGGUCUCUUUUUG